AUGGCCGGAUUCCACCGCUUCUCACAUGGCCAUCAGGAUCUGCUUUUAUCCGUGAGUUACAACUUCUAUGGCACGCGCAUGGCAAGUGCGUCAGCCGACCACAAAGUCAAAGUUUGGGACCGCAAUGAGAAGACUGGCCAGUGGAUCGUCACGGAUGUGUGGACCGCUCACGAUGCGGAGGUGACUUGUGUCGUGUGGAACGGUCCGUUCGUGGGUGAACAUCUGGGGACGAUUGGCGAGGAUGGUCUGGUGAGGAUAUGGCAGGAAGAUGUGAACGAGGCCCACAAUUCGGGGAGGCGUUUCCGGAAGAUUUUCCAGAGGAGCACAGGCACCGGCGUGCCGUUCAUGUGCUUGGACUUCAAGAAUAUUGGAAGUGAGACUUUCUUGGCCACGAUCACGCGGGAUGGUUAUCUCACGAUUCUCGAACCGGAAGACCACGACGACCUAUCUACUUGGCGGGUCAUGUGGGCGGACUACCUCUGCAAGACACCUCCUAGAACAGAGGAGACAGGCUUCAGACUGAGCUGGCAUAAGGAGAAAAUCCCCGCCUGGCCAGCCGUCCUCGCAGGCUUAGAUCGCAAAAGCCUCAGCAUAGCCGUAGCAAUUGGCCAAACCGUCAAGAUCUUCCGCACGGACAAAGACCGCAAGUUCUACACAGCAGCCACCCUCGAAGGCGCCAAAGAGCUGGUCCGAGACGUCAGCUGGUCCAACGGCAGCAUGCGCGGAUUCGACACAAUCGCCACAGCCAGCAAAGACGGCUACGUGCGCAUCUACGAACUGCACACCCCCGGCGCCUCAUCCCUACCAACAUCCCUCACAGGCUCAACAACAGACCACACAGCCACAACAUCACAACAACCCUCCCCAUCAGCACGACCCGCGAGAUCAGGCAUCGGCGCAGGCCUCGCAGGCGGUAUGCGUGGCCGGCGCGACGACAACGCGGGCGCUCCAGGCGCAGUGAAGCAGGAAGCAAAGCUUGUCGCGGAGCUCGAAGCGCACAACUUGACGCCCUGGCGGGUGUCGUGGGCGCCCAAUGCCGAUAUGCUGCUUUCCACUGGCGACGACGGUGCGACCUGGAUGUGGAAGAAGUCGACAGAAGGGAAGUGGAUCGAAGCGGCGGAAAUCGACGUCCUGGGAGGGGCGUGA